CACGGGCAACACAGGCUGCGGAGCCCUCACUUCUUGCAGCUGACACGUGCCUCUGAGAGCCAUGAAUUGGCUCUGCCUCCUCCUCGUCCUGCUGGCCACGUGCGGGCUUGCGCACGGCACGUGGGACAACUGUGGAUCGAUGUGUGGGCUCCGAGCCAUUGGUUAUGACUACGGCGCCAGCGCUUAUCAAUACGGCUACUACGGCAUGACACGCGUCGUGGGUGGCACAGGUGCCCAUGAAGCAUCCUGGCCCUGGCUCGUCAGCCUCCAGCAUGAGUGGAUACCAGACACGGGGCAUUUGUGCGGAGGGUCCCUCGUCCACCCGCAAUGGGUCCUCACGGCAGCCCACUGCUUUGACUCUGUCACCAACAUCAGCCUGGUGUACGUGGUGAUCGGGGCCACCCAGUUGACUCAACCAGGCCCUGGGGCACAAGUCCGCUACGUUAAGCAGCUGCGCCUUCACCAAUACUAUAAUAAAGACACCAUGAAGAACGACAUCGCCUUGCUGGAACUGGACCAUCCUGUCCAGUGCAGCCCCUACAUCCAGCUGGCCUGUGUGCCUGACCCGACACUGAGAGUGUCAGACUUGUUCUACUGCUUUGUCGCUGGCUGGGGUGCCACCACUGCAAGGGCUUCAAGAACAAGCGAUCUCCUGCAGGAGGCCCAGGUCCACCUCAUCGAUCUCAAGCUCUGCAACAGCAGCCAGUGGUAUGCAGGGAAAAUCCACAGCUCCAACGUGUGUGCUGGUUAUCCACAGGGCAUCAUCGACACCUGCCAGGGGGACAGCGGUGGUCCUCUCAUGUGCAAAGACAACGUCGCUGACUACUACUGGGUUGUUGGAGUGACCAGCUGGGGAAGAGGCUGCGCAAGACCAAAGCAGCCCGGAAUCUACACCUCCACUCAGUACUUCUACAAUUGGAUCCUGGCUGAGAUGGCUGCAAGCCCAUAUAGAAGGGCUUCUCUAGCAGCACAGACUUGGGGUCAUUUUCCAACUGCCCCACAACCCACUCAGUAUCCAUGGAUGAGACCAACUGCCGCACAACCACCAUGGACAAGACCAACUGCCGCACAACCACCAUGGACAAGACCAACUGCCGCGCAGCCGCCAUGGACGAGACCAACUGCUGCACAGCCUCCAUGGACGAGACCAACCGCUGCACAGCCUCCAUGGACGAGACCAACCGCCGCACAGCCGCCAUGGACAAGACCAACCGCCGCACAGCCGCCAUGGACAAGACCACCCACCACAAAGCCACCAUGGACGAGACCACCUGCCACACAGCCACCAUUGACAAGACCAACCGCUGCACAGCCGCCAUGGACAAGACCAACCGCUGCACAGCCACCAUGGACAAGACCAACUGCCGCACAGCCGCCAUUGACAAAACCACCGGCCUCAGAGAAGCCAAAGCCACUGCCGAAGCCAAAGCCAACAUCGUCGGACCAAGUUAGCUCCUGCCCCUAUUCAGAAGAUGAGCUAGUGAAAUUCUUUACUCAGGCGAAGGAUCUCCUCAAGGAGAUCUUUGGGGAAAACACAACUUGAGCAGCAGGACAGAGAGGAUCCAGUGUGAGCUGCAGUACACCAUGACCAUUUCCUGAUGGUGCAAUGCCUGCUGAUCCAAAGGCCGCCUCAGUGUCAAAAGCCUACCCUGUCCUGCCUACACUCCUCUUCUGUGUGCAGGCAAACACUGAAGUUGACUUAGUUGUUGAAAUAAAGUUGCCUAUGUUCACAGUUAA